CGGCAACGGCAGCGGGAUCAGCAUUAACGGUGUGUGCGUUGUGUCACAAGUACAACACUCGCUGCACAAUAUCUCAGUAUAUGUUAUUGUUAUUACAGAGUAUAAUACGAACGUACGAGCAUGUGCACUGAACGCAAAGCAGUUUUUCCGGUCAAACGCAGUAGUUGUUCCUUUGUCGGAAACGCUAUAGUCGUACGAACGUGAUUAAUUGCACGGCCGUUGUUGUUGUUAUUAUCAUGACUGGCGUAACUUUUCCCGCACACCAUCGUUUAGACGCGAUCGCCAUCGAUCCGCAAUUUACACAGUAAUAGGCACAUAUUACAUACUUCGUAAACUUCUCGUCAGCUCAUGGAUAAUUACUUCUAAAGUUGCUGCUGCUGCUGCUGUUGCUGCUUACUACUAAUCAAAUUUGGGAAUAUUUUCUCGUAUCCGACAUGGCGUGCGAAUCGUCCACUCGUGUCCUAUUGGUCACUGCUAAUAUUGGUUCAAUAUUUGAAAAUGUGAGUACAUUGUUUAUGCUCAAAAAAUAAUGACAAUUUAUUACACUAGAUUGUACAGAAAUAUUUCCUUAUUCCAUUUUAAAAAUGGUCAACAUUCUUAGUUAUUUGUACAUUGUUUGAGUAGAAUCAUAUAAUGUUUGAAAAGAAUAGAACAAUUUAGUCUAAGGAAUAUUUUUUUUAAAAUCGUUUAUUUUUUUUUGUAAUUUAUUUGGUUAUAAAACUGAUAGUUGGUAAUUUUUAAAAACGGAGUUAAAAAUAUAGUAUUGACGUUUGAUUUUUAAAUGUCAAAAUCCAUUUUGUAUUUAAAAUUUAAGAUGUAGAAGUACAAAAUAUUUUUUUCAAAAAUGUUGAGAAAUGUACGCCCAUUAGUGCAUAUUUUUUUAAUAGACUAUAGUACGCUUUAAAUAAUUAUUGGUACAAUUUUCAAUAUUAAUCAUUAUAUACUGAUACCUAAUACAUCUAUAUUUUGCAUUAGAUUCAAAAUUUGAAAAAGGAAUUAGAUAUCAUUUAAAAAUUAAUUUUUUAUAAUGUCUCAAAAAAAUCAAUAUUAUAUUCUUAGAUGGUAUAAAAUUUAAAAAACAAAAAUAAUCGUGUAUUUUUCAAAUAUUAGUCUAGGCCAUGACUCAUACGAACUAAUUUAUAGUUCGCCUAUAUUUGUCAUUGAGACAUUUAGUACCCUAGACUAAUAAAUAUUAAAAAAACUUAAUAAUAAUGCAUUAACUAAUUAACCAUUAAACACUUUAUAAUUAAUUAUAUUUGUUUAAUAUGUUUGUUAUAUAUAUUUCAUUUUGAUAUUCGUAGUUAAAGGGUUUACACCCGUUUACAAAUUGUAAAAUUGUAUAUAUUUAGCACUCAAAACAAUUGAAAUUCACAGCUAUAAUUUAGAAAGUCUUGAUUCUGUACUGUUAGAAAAAGUUAACUUUUAAUAUGUGUUAACUUAUAAAUUAGGUUGGUGUCAUUUUGAUUAAGUAGUUUGAACAUGGUUACCAAGGUAAUUAUAUUUUUUUUAAUUUAUUGAUAAAUGUAGGUACCCACAUAAUUGUGUUUCAUUGUUAUAGGUACUUUAACACGCUGAUUAAAAUAAUAUGUUGUUUAGAAACCUAUUCAUUACUUGUUAACUUUCAUUAUUGUACCUAUAUCUAUAUAGGUACAAUUAUAGGUAUUUAAUUAGGGUUGAGUCGACACCUAUGGUCAGUAUUCCUGUUAUGGACUCUCAUUUUUAUUUACUCAUAAAUAGGUAAUUUUGUAAUUUGAUAAGCCUUAUUUUGUUAUUUUUUUUUUAAAUAUUAUAUACAUUUAAAACAAGCAGUUCAUAAAUGUAUAUAUAAUCGUACAGAGUUGAUAAUAUUUUAUAACAGUGAUGAGAAUUUGUACAUAAAGAGAAAAAGAUAUAAAAUUAUACUGCCAUUAAGCAACAGAGGCAUUAAGGGCGCAUAGCAUUUGAUGAAUUGGAUUGUUAUUACUAUAGGAAAUGAAAUGAGAUGGAACAAGAAAUGGUCUUUGAGACUUUUGGAGAAAUAUGUAGAUACAUGUUGUAUACAUUAACAUUAGCAAUGAGAUCAGAUAUGUCUAAAGCUCCAUUAAGAAGGUAAGAAGGAAACCAGAUAUCCACUUCGUGAUGAAUUGAAGAAAGUCUAGAAAUAUUCAAUGUGUGUUGUACAGGAGAGUAAUUGUGCCGAAUGUGCUCAAUUUUGAGUACAUAGGGACUGAGUGAAAAAAUUGAUUGUGUACCUGCCCAAGUCUUAACUAGUCCUUAGUAAGAUAAGGACGUCAAACUAUCACACCAUGUUCAAGUAUUAAGCGAACUAACAUAAAAUAGAGUACGAGGCAGACUGGGAGCCUUAUUGUUAUUGUUAUGUUUAUUUACAUUUUAAAUUUAAGUAAUGGAUUAUAUCAAUUAUUAUAAAAAAAUAGAAAGCAUAGGAAGGCCAUAAAAUUGGAAAAUGUAAUUUUAAAAUAUCUAUAUUAAUUAUUCAAACUAAGUAUUGGUAAACUAUUAAUUCAUUUAUGGUUUAGUUUGAAUUUUUCUUUAAUAACUGUAGAUAAAUUAAAAUAAAUAUUAAUAAAACAAAGUCAUAAUAUAGAUUUAAGUGGAAACUUUGUUGUUUCCUGUUUACUUUACAUCGAGGCGUUUGGUAUUUGAGUCCUGAAUGUUUGUUAAUUUUCAAGACAGGUUUGUUAGUCCUGCAAUUAACACCCAACCUGGAGGACCAGAAUAGGUGAUAACUUCACCCUACAUUUGUUAUAAUUUUUAAAAUAUUUGGUAAGCAGGUAAGUUAAUUUACUAUAGAUUUCAUACAUAGGCCGCACAAACACAUUGUAAUGUGUUUGUAUAUGUAUUUAAUAUGUAUGUAUGUGUGAUUAUUAUAUUUUUAGUUUUUCCUUUUUCCACUAUAAGAAUAAUUUUUUAUUGUAAAGAAAUUAAAUAUUUAAUUUGCAUAGUCAUAAUAUAAAGUAGGUAAUCAUUACCCUUCAUAUUUUCAUUUAUUAUUCAUUCUAUCUUUAUAAUUAAUUUUAUAUCCAUUUUUUUAUUUUUUGGGUUAGUAGGUCUAUUAUAAAAAAAGUUUAGAAUAUAAUAAAGCCCUUAACAGAUAAUAUCUGUAGGUAGUUUAAAAUAUGUUUAAUAAAACUAAUUGUUAGUAACUUUGACAUAUUUUUAUAAUCAUAGUAUUGGGUAUAUAUAUAUAUAGAUAAGAUUUUAUAGAAAAUCAAUUGAAUUAUAUUUUAAAAGGAAUUAAAUACCAUUCAAUUUUAUUUGAAAUGAAACCUGUAUAGUGUUUAUAAAUCCAAAAAAAUUAAUACAAAUAUUUUAUAUUACAUUUUUGAAUAUCUGUUAUUAUAUUAUGUUAUAAAAAAAAAGAUAAAUAUUAAUCUGGAAAUCUAAAUUUAAAUACCUAACACUUAGUUUAUAAAGUUCAUUAUUAAUUUGUAAUUAUUUAUAUUAAUGGCUGACCAACAGCGGUUUUGUAUUUGGUAUACAAAAGAUAAACUAAUAAUAUUAUAUUAUUAUUUUACGAUGCAUAAGUACAUCUAUUAUAAAACAAAGGAGCUAAGGGUUAAAAAAUAGGAUAAGUAAAAACUUAUAAAAUUGCACAUUUGGUUACCCAAUUCAAAAAUAGGUAGUUAGAAUAGUUUGAAUAAUUUAGAAAAAAAAAACAUAAACAAUCAGGAUAUAAUGUUGAUUUUUUCCAAUAGAGCUCUUGGAGGAGGAGGAUGAAAUAUUAAAAUUGAUUCUUAUAUAAAUUUUUAAAGAGAUAUCAUUACUACAAAUAUUCUGUGAAGAUAUUUUUGUAUUGUUUUCGCAAAUCUUUAGCACUUUUACAGGUAAAUCUUACUUAUUUAAUUCUCAAUUUACCUAAUGAUUGUGGUAUGUAAUAAUAUGAUUCUUAUUGUUUGAAAUAUAAAUCUUCAUUUGGCUUAGAAUAUUGAUUUUUUUUUUAAGUACAGUAUAUUAGUAUAUUAAAUAGAUUAGAUUAGUCUUUAUAUAUAUUUCUUUUAUAGAUAGAAAUUAACUAACAUAUUCUAACAUAGUGGUGGCUGAUGGUGAUAGCCAAUUUGUCGAUACUCACUAUUAUUAAGUUUUGACCAGCAAGUUUUUAUAUUCAUUUGAACUUGUUGAUAUUCUAUUAAUCUUUGUCAGUAGAUGGCUUGUUAAAUUUAUAAUUUUAUCAAAUAAAACAUAAAUGAAAUUCCCGACAUUUAUUUUAUUUUUUAUUAUAUUUAGUAUACUAAACUAUUAUUAUUUAUUGUGUGUGUACACUGUACAAUAUACAUGUAAAUUGUGUAGGUGUAUAUCAAUAUCAUAUUUGGAAAAAUGUCAUUGAUACAAAUUUUCAGUAGGUACACCAAUAAGUAAUUAUAAAAAAAAGUUAAUUAUUUAUAGAAGACUAUAAAAUAUUAUUUACUCUAGAUAUUUCAGUAUUUUGUAUUUAUAUAGUGAAAUAAUACCAUAGAUAAUAAAAUGUUUUGUUCGCUUAUUCGAUUUUUAAUUUUGAAAAAAUGCUCUUAUUUAUAGACUCAGAUUAACGAUUAUACUUUUAAACUUCCUACCUAUUUACUUCAUUUUAUAAUGCACGUACAUCGAGUUUAAUUCAAGAAACAAUAUUAUCAGAUAAUUGUUUAUUAUCCAGUUAUUAAUUUAAAUUGUAAAUGUACAGUAACACUGCUUAAAUUCUAUUUGAUGAUAUUAUUAUGUAAUACAACACACUUGACACUUGAUACGUCAUGUUUAUUAAAUUAUAUUAUUUAUUAAUGCCUAUGGCUUCGUUUAGUGCUAUAGUCAAGAAUAAAACAAAAUAUUUGAAAUAGUGUGUACCCGAAAAAAAAUAACUAGUACUUAAAGUAAAAUAAGUAAUUGGCCGAGUAGUUUUGAUUUAUAUAUACGUGUUAUAAUAUUCCACGUAAAAAUAUUGUUAUUUAUUUGCUUAUUAAAAGUAUAUUUAUAAAAAGUUUGAAUUGUAUUUGUUUAUAAUCUGAAGAAUACUUAAUUAUAAUGGAAAUAAGGUUUACAGAGUUUGUCUGAAUAGUGGAUAGGUAGUUCAUGUCAAGUAUCACAAUGUAUCAUAAUAUAAUGUACUUAUAUACAAUAAUAUCAGUGGUAGUGGUCAGUAGGUUGAAAGGAUGGGUAGUAUUGAAUUACUAAGUUCAAGGAUAAUCUUUAUUUUAUAAUAAUAAAACUAAAAAUGUAAAAAGUUUGUUUUACAUAGAUACUUACUUUUAUUAUGUUCAAUUGCUAUAAUGACACAUUUUUAUACUGCAUAUUUAAUUGCUCUAACUACGUUCAGUUUCCAAUAUUGUAGUUCAGAGAGAUUAAUUUUUAAACUGAAACUAAUAAAAGCAAGGUUGAAGUCUACAUCAUGACUAUAUAAAAAAUAUAUUAAAAUAUAAAAUAAUAAACAAAAGAGUGUGCUAAAAGUUUGGAUUGUCAAUACUUGUUGAGGGGAGAGGGUUAUUAUACAAUUUAUAUAUUUAUGUAGUAAUAAUAUUUUUGAAAUACUUUACGCUACCAAGUUUCAAACUGAAACCAAAGGGACCCAGAAGUAACAUUUUAAAACAUUUCUUGAACAAUAACUUCACAGUUCGUUAAUUAUUGUGUAGGACUAUAUGUACAUCAAAAUGUAUUUUAAUUUUUGACCACUUGUAUUAUACUGUAAAGCAAAAUUAAAUUUAUAUUUUAUACAGGACCAAAAAAAUAAAAUGUUUUACUAAAUCUUACCUAACGUAUCAUUCAGAAAAUUUAGAUUUUCCUCAAUAUUUAGCCUUUGUUUUUGUUUGUUUGAACUUUUUUUAAGUUCAUCCUUCAAAUUAUUUUGUACUAUUUUUUAAAACUCCUAAACAAACUCUUUGCAUAACUGUGCCAGAUGUGUAAAUUGCAUAAUUUGUGUUAGUUUGUAGUAUAGAUUUGAUAAACUGACAGUAUCAGUUAUUUUUGGUACAUUUAAACAAUUUUAGUGACUUUAUUUUGAAUUAUGUAGUCUAUCCUUUUGUAGUUUGUGAUUCUUAUUUACACCUUCAUGUAAAUGUUACAGGCCACAGAAAUAAAAUAAUCACGAUUGUGAAGGGGUUUUUAGUGCAUUCUUUGUUAUCUUUAUUGAACACAUGCUCAUGCUUAAAUGAAUCCAUGAAUUAUAUGUGCAUUUUUAUACGCCAAAUGUGUAAGUCCAUAGAUUUUUUUGUGGUACUAACUUUGCGAUUUUAAUUACAACGCAUAUGAAUAUAUGCUUAGACAAGGCCGUAUCUGAGGGAUUAUUUUGGGUGUUCAACGACACCCACCCUCAUUUAUACAUGUUUAUUAGUUAUAAAUUACCUAGUUACAAAAUUUUAGUUUACUACUAUACAAACUCUUUGCAAAUCUGUAUUAGUUGUGUAAAUUUCAAAAUUGAUGUUAGUUUUCACUCCCUCCCACUCUUAACAUUAUUUUCCAGUCACUGCCUGACUGCCAGAACAAUUCAGUUGUGAACCAGGCUCAACACUUUUUUGGUUUUGCUUAUAAAGAAUAUAAACUAGUUUUCAUGAAAUAUUGACAAAAAUAAUAAAGAUGGUUAAUAUUACAGAAAUUAGUAAAUACGUAAAUUACCGUAAAAUACCGUCACAUCUCUAAAAACCAUUAAAAAAUGUUUGCUGGCUGUGGUAUACACCAUUAUCCUAAAACCAUGGUUAUAGUAACAGCUAUAGGAAAUUUUUGUUGCCAAUUUCCGUGGUCAUACUUGCGUUUCUUGACCAUGAUAUAGGUAUUGGUAUGUAUAUACGCGUAGUUUCUUUAUAGCUAAUUUCUCUCCAGGAAGCAGUCGCUAGUGUUUUCAUUGGUACACGUAAUAUUUUAUAACAUUCAUUAAGGCGCGUAUACACUUGUGAGCUUAACCGUUAGCGAACAUAAUAAACAUAUAAUUAAGAUGGUGUGUCGGACACUGAACGAGCUAUUCAUAGAUCUCUCGGGACAAAGCCGGAUUUAAGACUAUAGCUUAGAGGUGGUACGACUUCAAGGGGCGCCGUGGCCUGCAGAACUCUUAAUUUUUUUUAGUUAUAAUUUCUAUUUGUGAAUUUAAUUUACCAUCUACUAGAAAUAAAAAAAUUCUAUAUAGUUGUUAAAAAUGUUGUUGAAUAUAAAUAUAGAUGCCAAAUAAUUAUUUUUGUAAAUUAGUUGUUCACUGUUGUAAAAUUAUAAACAUUGUCCAGAAUUAGUCGAAUCAUUCAAACAUUUAAUAAGUAAACGGAUAAUAAAUCUUCACAUAUAAUAUAAUAUAAUGCUUAGUUUUAUAUGAUAAUAUUAUUACGUAUUUAUAUUUUCAAAACGCUCCCUGUAAGAGAGGAUUAGAAUACUCCCACGGUACCUUUCGUUAGAUUUUAAUCAAAUUAGGUUGUCAGGUCGAUAGCCGAUGUAAAAUUCUGUCAAACAGUAUGAGGAGUUCUAAACAAGAACUUGGCAAAUUGUCCCAUCGCUGAUGUUUUUUUUAUUAAGGGUGCCUUUUUGGUAAAUCCGGCCCGAUAGUUGGUUUUCUUGUGAAUAUGAAUUGAACCGAUUGUAAGUUCAUACAGUGUUUCGACAAGUUUGCUAACAUCUCUGGACGUACUGACGUUGUUUGGCUCGCCCCAUGGUACGGAACUGGCUUGCAAAUAUGUAUGUAUUAUCUAUUGUUUUUUUUUUUCUAAAGACCUUUUGUACGACAAAUCUUCCUUUGAUAUCAUCAUACUUUUUUGAAAUUUUCUUAAUAACUGGGAAAAAUGUCUGUAAAACGGAAAAUAAUAACAAUAUCGGUUUCUGUUAUUUUCGAUUUUGUUUUUUCAUUUCUAUUACCAACAUAAUCAUAUAGAAUUGUUAUUUUCAACAAAUUCUUAUAAUAGCCCAAAUAAAGUGGUAACAUUUUAAAAUAUUUGGACAUUUAUAAUUUAUUUUGUAGUUAAAAAAUUAAUAUAAUUUUCAAUUUAAGUUUAUUAAAGCAUGUUUAACCGAACAUGCUUUAAAAUCAUUCAUUAGCAAGGAUUUAUAGUUCUGUACAGAUAUAAGUUAAAUUAUCUUUUACAUCCAACCUUGUUAACUUUAAAUCUAUAACAGUAGCACACCCAUGGUGUAAAGUAUGUCUUUUUUGUGUUUUUUGUUCUGUUAAAAUAUAUUUUUCCUUUAUGAUAAUGGGGUUAAUUACUUUUAUAUAAUUAAUUUUAAUAUAAUAAUAUAUUUUAAUACUUAGUUAAGUUGCCUGCGAUAAGUAGUUUUAUUUAUUUUACUUUGGUUUUGUUAUUUAUGUAGGUAGUUUUCGCUAGUAUUGAUUUUGAUUGUAAAGUCAUAAACAUUGUGAAUUUUCAUUUUAUUUUUGUCACAAGUAGAUAAAUUUAAGUCGACUAAGUGAUAGAUAAUCCAAUUAUAAUCAAUUCAAUUUUCUUUACAUUUUGUAACACCACUAGCAACUUUUCUUUUGUGCAUUUUACACCUAUUUUAUUUCAUUACUAAAUAAUAAACCCAAUAUUACAUUUAAAUUCAAAAUUAAGUGAUAUUCUUACUACUUAUACAUUUUACUGUCAGUCUAUUUAAAUUUUUAAUAUUUAAAAAUAGUUCUUUGUGGCCUCUUACCAAUUUAUACAUUAAUAAAAUUUUGUAAAAUGGUUGAUGACAUGUGUUAGCUAUAAUAAUAAUUCAUUAAAAAUUACAAUAUUAACGUACUAAUUUAUUUUUAAAAAUAUUUUAGAGUUUAUCAUGGUAUACAACACUGUUCUUUGAUAAUAUGUCAUAUUUUUAAAUUCCACAAAAAUCAUAAUAUGUACAGCCCAGUAGGUAUAUAAAAUAAUAAAUAGGUAACAAUUUUAAUAAUUUAAAUCGGCAAUGACUUAAAACUUUGGAAUUAUUAUUGAUAAUGAUGUUAUCUUAUCCAGUUGUCCACUCUAAUAUGUAGAUUAUUAUUUGCAGAUUUCCAUCCAAUAUAUUAUGUGGUUAAAUAUGUGUACAUUUAUUCUGUUGUACUGUGGAUUGACCAUUUUUAAAUUUAUUAAGUUUAACAUUGUGUAUAUAUGUAUACUAAUAUUAUAAAAAGAAAAUAUUUGUUUGUAUGCUUGUAAUGGAUAAGCUUAAAACUACUUAGCCAAUUUUAAAAAUGUCUCCUAUAAAAAGCAACAUUAUCAGUGAGUAACAUGGACUGUAUUUAUUUUCAAAAACAGAUUAGAGAUUUGUAUGAAAAUUAACAUAAUUAGGUUUUUAUGUAAUUUUGACAAAAAUAUCUAGUUUAUUUUUUUGUUUUUGUUUAUUUAUGGGUUACCUUGGUGACAUGGAUGACAAUUUGAUUGUCAUGACCAUUAUUAUUAUUAUCAUUAUUAUUUACACUAUUAUCUAGCAAUAGCAUUGCCAGAUCAACUAGUCACUAAUAAAUACAUAUUAUCUUGAUUUAUUCAUAAAGUUUUUGUCAAACAUUUAAUUUCACUUGAACAUGUUUGUUUUUAAAUCUAAAUUUCCAAAUGAUAUAAUGUAUUAGGUAUUGAUAUGAGGUAUUAGUUUUUUGGUGUUUACACAAUUUUAAAUAAUUUUGUUUUAGUUAAUCAAAUUAUAUUUUUAUAUUGAUAGGUAACUAACUACUAAUUAUAACAGUAUAGUUUUUUUUUACUCUCACAUAAUCUUUAAUAAAAUGCUUAUUAUUAUGUGCUUUAUUUUAUGCUUUUAAUGAAUUUAAAAAAGUAUUUAUUAGUUUUUGUGAUAACAGAGAUAAUUAUUUGUAUGUAUCAGUUCAAUAUUUUAUUAGUUUUUUCCUUAUUAUUUUUAACGUUUUGACAUUAUUUUUUAAUUGCUGACUCAUCAAUGUUUUACUAUUGCUAGGUAAUAUUUUAAAUAAUAGUAAUAAUAAUAAUAAUAAUAGUUUUAGUGUCUGUAAUGAAAACCAAUUUGUCAUCCAUGUUACCAAGGUAAUCCAUUAAUAAACAAAAAAAUAAAUAAAUGAUUAAUUAGCUUCCUACCAAAAGUACUUAAAAAUCUAACUAUUGAAAUUUUCGUAUGGAUCUCUAAUUUUUUUGAAAAUAAAAUACAGCCCAUGUUACUUGCUGACAGUGAAACUUUUUAUAUAUGAAAGAAGUUUUAAAAUCAGUUAAGUAGUUUUUGAGCUUAUCUAUUACAAACAUACAAACAAAACUUUUCUUUUUAUAAUUUUAAAAAUAAAUAAUACAUGAGCAAAUUUUGCUCACUAGAGAAUGUUUUUAUAAAAAACGGGUUUAAAUUUUCUAAACUUCUUAAAUUUUACUUAUCAAAGUAUUAUAAGGAUUUGUAUAUGCAAUUUUACCUGAUAAAUGCAAUGGAGUAUGAAUAAAUAUGAAUUAAUAAAUUCUAAAAUAGCAACUUAUCUAACUUUUUAUAUUAUAAAUUUAUAAAUAUAUUUAUAAUUUAUAUUAUUACUAUUAUAUUUUGAUGAUCUAUUGGUUACAAAUAUAUUUUACACAUUGCGAUUAGCUAAACCAUAAUCUGCACUAAGUAUAAAUGCCAUAAAUUAUUAUUUUUAUUGUAUACUAAGCAAAAAUACUGUAUCUCACAUUUUUUUACCGUUUACGGCGGUCUGUCAAAAAAAAAAAUAUUGUUAAUAGUCGUUUUAUAAAAUAAAAUAUUUCAGACACACAGGCAUUAGGCAUAUAUACAUUUUAGGCAUAUUGACCUAAAAGUUCUGAAUUUUAAAAUUGUUUUGAUUGUACAACUCAUUUUUAAAUUGUUUUAGACUCAGUGUUUUUGGUUUAAGUAGGCAGUAUAUUUGAUUCCAUGUACAUUUGUUAUUUAAUUAUUUAUAUGUAGGUAUUAUUUAGAAUUUAAAACUUUUUCAUAAGAUAUUUCUAGUCAAGAACUUGUUUUAAAAAUUUAGCAUCGUAGAUAUUAAUACAUAAAAACUAAGAAAUUAAUGGCAUUACAGUAAUGUGUUCUUAAGUUUCCAAUAUUCCUGUUGUAGAAAAUUAUUAUUAAUUAAAUGAUAUACCUAUCAUUUAUCAACAUAUUUUACUAAUUUUGUCACAGAUAAUGUAUUUCUGAAUUAUCCUGAUAAUACAGAAUAAUGUUUUUAUUUUAACAAUUUUCACUAAUCUAUCAAAUAGAUACUAGUAGAAUAUUAAUUAUAUAGUAUUUGGUAUUUUACUAUUUUUACGUCCUAAAUAAAAAAAAUGAAUGUCGUUCUAGCCAGUAAAUAAAUAUAAUUUUCAGUUGAUACCUAUUUUAAAAUAUGGAUAUUAUAUAUAUUAUACCAGCUGUCCUAAUCAACUUUCCGAGCCAAUUUUUUUGUUUUUUAAUUAAAAUUUGUAUCAUCAAGCCAACCGACGAAUAAACAAAAAUAAAUAAUUAGAUAUUCAUUCCAAAUAUAUCCAAAAAUAUCUAUCUGUUUUUAGUGAUUGAAUUUUCAGCAGAUGUCUAUCUCAUAAUAGCUAUGUGUAUGCCAAAUUUCAGCCCGUUUUGUUCAGUUGUUUGGGAUGUGUGAUGAUGAAUCAUUCAGGACUUGUUAUUAUAUAUACCUAUACAUAUAGAUAUUAUCUUUGGUAGGUUGUACUGUGAUUUGUAUUAUUCAUGGUAAACAUAGAUAUUAUGAAAUUAUUAUGACUAUUGACUAUGGUAGUAUAAUAUCCUUUAUUUUAAUAUCAGUGUAUCCUUAUCGAGACAGGAAAUAUACAUUUUGCCAUUAUACAUGUUGAAAUGUGACCUUUUCAGAAGUGUAUCCAUAGAUAUAUACUGAAUAUUAAAACUAAGUAGAUACACCAAAUGAAAAACAAAUAUUCAUACCAUAGUCCUAUUCAAUAAAAAUCUGCCCACCAUCCUUAAAUUAUAUAACAGUGGAACCUCGAUUAUUUGGGGUAAUGGUGGGGAGGGGGUCAUUUAGAUAAAUGAAGAACAUGGUUAAUCGAGACUUUUUAUAAUAAUGAAUAAUAUAAAAUAUAAUAUAAUAAUAUAUAAUUUAUUAAACAAUCUACAAUAUUGUUUAUCUUCAAUGACUACAUACCUGCGAUAAAAUAAAUAUUAGAUAUACAUGGUCAUAUUGUUAUUGUCAAAAAUAUCAUUAAUACGUUUUUUAAUAUCAUAUAUUAUGUGAUAUAAAAUGUUUGAUUAUAACUAUUUAUAAUAUGUACAGUCCAUAAUUAUUUUUACAUUUUCAGAAAAGUGAGCAAAGUUAAUCACGAACACGGAUAAUCGAGACAGUUAAUUUAGAUUCCACUGUUUAUUAAUAUUUAUUAAAAUAUGAAGUUUCUAGUUUUUUAGUUGUUCCCCAAAGAUGUGUUUAAAGUGAUACAAAUGUUAUUUUUAGAAGGACCAUUUUUUUGUAAAACCAUUAUUUUCAUCAUUUAUAAUUAUGAGAAAAAAAUUUGUUUAUUUAUUAAAUUAUUUAAAGAAUAAUUAGAUUAUUUUACAAAUUAAAAAUUAUUUUUAUAUUUUACUCUGCUGAAUAUAUAAAUACAAUUAUAUUUUAAAAAGAAAAUUACCUAGAUUAAUCAUUAUUGGAAAAAAAUUAUUCAAUAGAACUAUUUUCAACGGUUUUGUUUAGAAAAUGAUAAUUGAUUUUAAUUGUUUCCAAGUUCAAUAUGAAAACAAUUCUAUUCACCUACUGUAGAAACAAUGAUUAUAUAUUUUUUUUUUUUUAAAUAAAAAAUAUGUUUUAUUUUAUUAAUACGUAUAAAUAUUAAGUAAUAUACUAAUGUACCUACUUAAUCAUUUUUUUUUUUACAUUUUCAGCCAAGUAUAAUGUUAAAAAUAUGGACUGAAGAAUUCUUAAAUGUAAGUUAAAUUUUUAUUAAAUAAUUUUAACAAUAAUAUCCAAGUAUAUAUACAUGAUAUUAUAUUGUUUAUAGUUAAUAUCUUGAUUUAUUUGUGAAUUAUUUGUUUAUUUAAAUUUAGACUGUAAGCAGAUUGGAUCCAUAUUUUAUUGCUUUGCAUUGUCAAGAGGUCGGUGGAAAAAAUUAUGAAGAAAGUAUGAAACAUGUCAAUUUUUUUGUUAGGUAAAUAUAGAAUACAUCUUAAAAUUAUUAUACAUUAAUACAUGUUUAAUUUAAAUUAUUUAUUAACAAAAUAUGUUUAGUUAUAAGUUAAAUAUACACCAAUUUUUAACUUAGUCAGACUAGUUAGUAAAAAUAUUAUUUUAAUGGUUUGUAUACCUACCCAAUUUUACUAUUAGUCAACUCUUUCCAUUAAUGAAAGAAAUUGAUAGAUUUUUUUGCAUAAGACUUAAGGUUGUUAAACAUAGGUACUAUGUUAGAAAUUACUAUUUUACCUACAUGUAUAUUGUGUAUUAUAUAUUAGAUUAUAAGCUAUACAUAAUGUGUAUUGUUUAAGUAUACAUAAUGAGAUAUAUUGUUAACAAGAUUUUUGUAUAAAUUAAACAUUUUAGAACUUGGGUAUAAUAAUUAUUGCCAGUUUGUUUUUAGUAUUUGGAUUCAAAAGUCUUCAUAAUAUUUGUUGAAUAGCUUAUUUUUAAGUUUUUAUAUUUAUUUUAAAACAAUUAUAAAUUCCUACCCAAAUUUAAUAUACAUAUAAGUAUCUAUCUAGCAAUUAUUCAAAUUUUAUAAUAUUGCAUUAUAUUGCAUACAAUCUAAAAAAAAAGAAACAAUUUAAUAAGUGUAGAAAUUCAAUUUAUGUUGAGUGGCAAUGUACUAGCUAAUGCGAAACGCCUGAUAUUUUAGAUGAGUCAAAGAAUAAUAGAAUAUAUUAAAAUGUAUAUGUAUAUGCAUAUUUCAUCUUUGUGAUUUAUUAAUUUAAUAAUUCAUUGUAGAAUAUAUUUUCAUAAAAAAAAAUAUGAAAUUUUAAUUUACUUAAUUAUUAUUUGUAUCUAUUGUUCAUUAUAUUAUAUUUAGUCCUUAUAGGUAUAGUAAAUAGUAACAUAGACAUUUUAGUCUCUAGUUCAAAGUACUAUUAUUUGAUAAAAAUACAUAACUUAACUUGGCAUUAGCGUACUAGAAAUAAACAAGCUGUAAUACAACCGAAAUAACUUUUAUUUCAUUUAAUAUUUUAAGUUUUUUAUUCUUUUAAUAAUCACUAGUCUUGCAAUAUGAUUCCUCUAAUCCAUAAUUUUUUUAAAUAAAAAAUAAAAAAUUGCCACUGUUAAAUAAUCAAUUAACCUUUUUUUCCAUAAAACAUUGUUUUAUGAACUUAAAAAAACAGUAGCAAUUUUAACGGUUUGUUAUUAGUAAAUAUUUGUAAUAAUAAAAUUUUAUUUCAAAAUAAAUAUAUUAUGUGGCAAUCUCGCAUUUUAUAAAAAAAAAAUUUUAAAUUAAAUUUUAGAUUCUGAGCGUAGCCAGGGAGCUAUUGGUUUUAUAAUGCUGUUUAUGUUUUUAAUUUCUUUCGUCUUUCGCCAGUAAUGGGUUAUCGUUGCUUACAGAUUUAAAUGAAAUAAUCAUAUGUAUCCUGUCUUCCCUACUUUUCAUCUAGAACAGUGAUCGUUCCCAUCUCCAGUAUCAGCUCAUUUUUUUAUUUUUAGUUUUGAAAAAUAUAAAAUAAAGUGAUUAUAAUACAAAGCUCUAGAGCAGUGGUUCCCAAUCUUUUUUUAUUACCCAUAAAUCAUGCUAGAUAUUAGUAAAUACUCUCUAAAAUGACAUUAAUCAUUUUUUUUAAUUCACGUUACUCUUGUCGAUAAACAGUGGAUACAGCACCGAUAAGUAUGACACUAAUUGGCGAACAGUCAAUGAAAGACUGACAGUUUCAUACCAUUGAAUAUUGAUAACAAUUUUUGUUAAUAAGAUAUUUACCAUCUUAUCUGAUUGCCCAUUAUAAAGGAAUUUUCGGCUAUUUAUACAGGUUAAUAGACUAACGCUAAAUUCUUCUUCACUGGUAUUUGCAAAUCUAUUAGUCUUUCUUUACUGCCAUCACUACUUCUUUCCAUUUCUCUAGAUCCUGAACAGUUUCCUUCCAUUUUUGCAUUUCCAGAGUUUUAAGAACCUUUUCUACUACAUCUAGUUACCUCUUCCUUGGUUUGGCUUGAGAUCUUUCCCCUUGCGGUUUCUAUUUCAUGAUUGUUGCUCUGAUGGUUUUUUCAUCAUUUCUUCUCAUAAUAUGGCCCAACCACUAUAUUCUUUGUUCUUUUAUUUAACUAGUGAUUGGUGCCCAGUUCUUCCUGAAGUUCUUUGUUGCACAUCUUUCUCCAUUAAUUUGUCUUUGUGUCACAAACUAGUCCACAUAUUAUUCUCCAUACUUUACUUUCAAAAGUUUUAGGUCCUCUUGCUGCCAUAGUUUUAACUGUCCAUAUUUCACGUCUAUAAGUGAGAGUAGUUCUAAUUAUUGCUAUGUACAUUUUUAUGGAUUAACGCUGUACCAAAAAUAAUUCUAAGAAAGCUAAAUAAAUACUAAUACAAUAAAUACCAUAAAAAUUAAAAGAAACUGUCAGUAUUAACUUUUAUGGGUAAAUGACUAUAAUAAAUAUUUAAAAUAUAACUCAAGUAAUAAUAUUUAGUACUUAAUGUCCUAAUAUUUUUGUUAAAACAUAAUUAAAAUUUCACUUGUAUUAAAAAUUGUACACAGUUUUGUUAGUAAAAUUAAAAAAAAAAAAAAAUUAAUAGGUAUAAUUAAUAAUAAUACAUAACACAUACAAUGAAAAAAGAAAAUUGGACUUUUCUUUAUCUACCAGAAAAUCUCGUUUUAUCCUUCAUGGAAUAACUACCUCUCAGAUUGAAAACCGCUGUUCUAUAAAUUAUAAUAAUAAAAAAAAAAAAAACAACUUAAUAUUAAACAGAAUGAAAGCUAUUCAAGUGUCAAAUCUUUGUGUUAUACUUUGUGUAUAUUUUUUAAAUAUCUUAUCCAUUCUUUUAUUUCUUAAUGUGGCAUAGUAUAUUUAGUAAGUUAAAUUAUUAUUUAAUUUGGUAGAAUUUUUAUAAUAAAUAUUUUCUCAGAAAAUUUGAUAAAAGAGAUGCUAAUAAUUGUAGACAAUAUCUAUUUUUCAAUCUAAUUUUUUUAAAGUUUUAUGCUAAUUGAAUUAAAUUAGUACCCAGUAAUAAUUAGUUGAUGAGCAUUUCAAUGUAAUGGCUGACUUUCAAAAAUAUUUAGUGUAUUAAAACAUACAACAUAUUUAUGAACUUCAAUAAAAGAAAUAUACCUAUGUCAAAAUUAUAUUUCUUUAACCUACAUUAUACAUAUAAACCAAACCAUUCAAAUUCUGAGUUUAUGAUUGGAAACUUUUAAAAAUAAUUUAAUUUAUUUAAACAAAUUUAUUCUUUUGUGUAAAUAAAUAAUAAUAACUCAUUUUUUUUUGAGGUGUUCAUUUAACCAACAUUUAUGAUAUUAAAUAUAUUUUUUUAUUAUUAUUUUAACGGUAGAUUAUAAUUAUUUAGAGCUAAACUAAACUAAUAUUAUGUUAAUAAUUAUUAAUAGAAAGUAAUGAUAAUAUAUUUUAUUAUAUAUUAAUUCAUUUAUCUUAAAUUAAAUUGUUAAUAUCAUUUUUUUUAAUAACCAAAGAAAAAGUAUAUCUCAAUUCUAUGUAUGGAUGCGAAAUAAAUUAAAUGUUGUGUUAAAAUUAAAAAAUAAUUGUGUGUUAGCAGUUAACAAAAAGAGCUGUAUUAUAACUUAUAAUGUGAUUUGUUUGUGAAAAACAAUGCACAUUUUUAAAAGAUACCUUUUUAAUUUCCUCGAUUUUAUUAGUUGUAAAAAUUGUGGCUAAAUGAGUAUGAAAAUAUGACUGUCCCUAAUAAUUAUUAAAUUAGUUACAAAAUUAUUAACUUUCUGGAAAUAAUAGAGAAUUAUUCUUUUUUAUUUAUAAAAAUUAAUUUUAAAUUAUUGAAAAUUGACUGUAUAUUAUUAUCUAUUAAAAUUAAAGUUAAUUUUAUUACAGUUUAUUGAUGUCAAGUAAAGAAUUACGGAUUUUCAACAGAGCUCAAGUAUUUCUCGAUGAAGAAUUCACUUCAGCAGAAAAUUUUACAGUAACUAGCCAAAUAUAAUUGUUACGGUAUAUUUUAUUUUGGUUUUCGAAUGCAACUCGCUAUUUAUUAUUUAUUUAGAGUUCAGUCAAAUUAUUUUAUUUUACUUUAAAAUAGAUAUAUUAUAUGAUUAUUAAAAAUUAUUUAUUCUUUUAAAUUAAAUAUUUCUAUGAUAUACAUUCUAAAUUAGUACUACUUCUUGGGUUAACUAUAACCUUAAUUUUUUAAUAAGUACCUAUUUUCUACUUUAAAAUUUCCUUUUUAUAAAAUAUUAUUAUUAUUUGUAAUUAAAUAUAUUUAAUUAUUACAUUUUUUUUCAUUUAUGAUAACAAUUUUAAAAAUAAAAAUGUGUUAUAAUAUUUAAAUUACAUGUUUUAACUAACAAAAAAUUAAAGUUUUCAUGAAUUUAAUUAUUUUGUUACUAUAAAAACAUAUUGCUCUAUAUUUUUUAUAACAUCCUUUUGUUUUAAAACUAAAAACAAAAGUUUUUUAAAAUUAUAAUUUGUAUAUUGUGUUUAUUAAUUUUUUAGGCUUUGGGAAACUUUUAUUUUAUACAUGAAGCUAUCAAAGAAGCAUUUCUAUGGGAUUUUGAUGGUAAUUAAGUGUAUUUAUAGUAUUCAUAUAACAUUCACUUUAUAUUAAUUUAAUAUAUCUACCUUUUAUUAAAAAAAAUAUUUAAAAAUGUUUAAAUAAAAAUAUUUUCAGUCAUUCAAAACAUAUAUAUUUUAUUUUUGAUUGCCAUUUUUUUUUUUGGGAGGGGGUAGUCCGUUCUAAAAUGAGGCCUGAUUAUAAAUGUUAAGAUUUAAAACUUCGUUGAUAAAUUUAAAAUUACUCAUAUUUAUAAAAUACUAAAAUUGUUUUUGUAGGAAGCUUAGAUACAUUUCAUAAAAUCAAAUGCACAUUAAAGUCUUGGCGUUUAUUGGGAAUCAUUUACUUUUACCCUAUUUUUUGUAAUCAUCAAAAUGUUCAUGUUAUUAUUAGUCAACUAAGUAUAAUGAAUAUUAACACCAAUUUUAUGUGACUAAAUUAUUUAGUAAAGAAGGAUAUUGAUUUUUGUGUUUUAAUAUCCUCGCUAUUCAAAAUAAAUUUAUAUUCUAUGGUUUUACUUUUAUUAAUAUCAUUAAACCAGUAGCUGAAAAUACUUUCAAAUAGUGUAUGAUUUAAAGUAACAUUUUUUCACAUAAUUAUGAUUUAUAUUUUGCUAGUUACUAAUAAUUUUAAUAAUUCUAAUAAUUACUAUUAAAUUUAUUUUUGUUUAGAGCAAGAGUUUUUACCUGUCAUUGAACGAACUGUAUAUUCUGGGAAUAUUGAACAUAUUACUACAAAAGAAAAGUCAAAGUUCCCCCAAGAAUUUUUCCCAGAGGUAAUAAACACUUCUUAAGUUAGCUAGGUAUUCAGUUGUUGAGAAUAUUUUUUGUUUUGUUAAUCUCAGCAUAGAAUAGAGGUAUAUUAUUAUUUUUAAUUCUAAAAUGAUAAUUAUAAAAGAUAGUAAAUGAUUCUGAGUGGAGUUAUAAAUGUAUUCUUUAUAUUCUUAAUACUUUCUUUUCCUUGCUAUUUUUUCCAAUUUUUAGGCUAUCAAUCUGAGAAAUUUGUAAAAUGACCUCUUUACAUUUAGUAUACAUACUCAAUAAUUCUAUAUGAAGCUUUUUGAUUUCUGUGCAUAUUUAAUAGAUAAGUACUUCCAAAAAUAUCAAUUGAACAAAAAUGAAAUAUUGUUAAACUAUUACAUCUGUUCAGAAUUUAAAAUAAGUUUACAUAAAAUAAUCUAUUGUUAUUAUUUAUUAGUGUAAGUGGUCUCGUAAAGGAUUCUUGAGAACUAGAUGGAAGCUUAAUGGUUCUGUAUUUGAUUUGGUAAAUAUUCAUUUAUUUCAUGACGCAUCCAAUUUUACUGCAAUGGAAUCUGUGAGUAAAUAAAUAUAUUUUUGAGCCAUAUAUAUAAGUUAGAUUACUUAAAAAUAAUUUUUUUACUACUAUUUGUGUGCCUUUAUUGCGGAGACAUUAAUCAAUUAAUUAUAAGUACUUUAAUUUGCACUGUUUGGUUAUUUAAAUCAUUACUAAAAUAUUGUUUACUUUUUUCAAUUUAUAAUUGAAUAAGAGACACUUAUUAUUUAAGUGUAUACAUGGUGAUCAUUAUAAAAUUAAAUCAAAUGCCAAUUUUGAGAAAUUUAUGUAUCAAAUAAUAUAUUAUGUGCUUAAAUAUUAUAUAAAAAAUGUUUUGUAAUAGUUUCAAAUGGAUAUUGAAAAUUAAUAAAUAAUUUCAAUAAUAAUAAAAUGUGAUAUUCUUUCAUUAAAACUAUGUUGCCAUCUAAUGUAUAUGAAGCUGUAUUGAUGACUGAAGGUCAACUGUUUAAGUUAUAGCAUUUGUAAUUGUGUUUUUAAGUCUGUGUUUUUAUGAGAUGUAUCAUAAAUGAUUGAUGAUAUGUGACUGAAAUCAUGUUAUUUGUUUAUAUUGUUUUUUCUUUUUUUUUAAUUAAUUUUUUUCUUUUUUUAUUUUAGCACUCUUCUAUUUAUUCUAUCAUGAGACAAAAAGCGCUUGCAUAUACUUUAGAAAGGUAAUGAUUUACUAUAUUAUAGUAUGCAAUACUACUUUAAAAAAAAAAAUGGGUUUUUAUUUAAUGGUACAUUUGUAAAUCUCUCUUAUAUAAUUGUAUAAUUAUAGGCUUCGUAAUUAUGAUUUUGGAUUUGCUCCAUUUUUUUUAUUCGGAGAUUUCAAUUUUCGCACAGAUACUAAAGCUGUAAUAAAGGUAAAUUUAUUAUUUUCUUGAAGUAUUAGAUUUUUAUCUAUCUGGUUGUAAUAUUAAAUUUUAUUGUGUAGAAAUUAGUCGAGGGAUUGGAUAUGGUAAAAGAUAACUUGGACAAUGAUAAUUUAGUUGUUCAGUAUACAGAUAGUUCUAAAGAAGUAAGUUAAAAAGUUAUACUAAAUUUAAAAAAAUUGAAUAUUAAUAUAGAUUGCAUAAUUUUGUUACUUGAGGAAAAAAAUAUUCUGUAAUUUUAAUUUAUUUUCAUGAAGUAGCAUUAAUGUAACUUAUUCAAUUAUAAUAAUUUACAUUUUUUUGAUAAAUUGUAAAAGAAAAAACUAUUUUUUUUGCAUGACUAAAUAACUGCAUCUUUAUAUCUUCAUUAUACUCAUUAAAGUAUCUAAUAACUUACUUACUUUUUUUUUUAUAGGUUAUUUUUACUUUGAAGAAAAAAGAGUUCUGCCAUUCAGACCAUCAAAAUACAUUUGUGUCAAAAACUGGAUCUUGGGUAAAAUAUUUUAUAAUUUAUUGUAAUUAAAAAUAUUAUAUACAAAUAUAAUACACACAUUUAAAAAAAUAAUGCAUUCCUAAUAAAGUGUAAGAUUAUUUAAUGUAUCAUAGUCCCUAAUAACAUAUUUGUUAUAAAAUAGCUUAAUCUCUUCCCUUAUUUUAAAUUUUUUAAAUUGUCAUCCCUUAAUUUACUAAAAAAAAAAAUAACAUUAUUUGUUCACUUUACGAAAUGUUCAAAAUAGCCACUGUAAAAGAUAUUGUUCUAGAAAUGUUAAUGUAUCAUAUAAUCAUAUCUGAUUAAUUGUUUUUUAAUUAUAGCCAUUUAAAUGUCUAGAAAAUAGGUAUAAAAGCAAUUAAUUUGCAAUAAAAGAUAAGGGGUUAUCUAACUGGUUAACUUGUUUUUCUAUUGAAAAUGAAUUGCUUUUAUGCCUAUUUUCUAGACAUUUUAACAGCUAUAAUGAAAUAACUAUUAAUCAGGUAUAAAUAUAUGAUAUAUUAAAAAUUUUAGAAUAAUGUCUUUUACAAAGUGGUUAUUUUGAAAAUCUGUAAUGUGAAUAAAUACAGUUUUUUUUUAAUUAUUAAGGGAUGAAAAUAAAAAUUAAUUUUUAAUAGCUCUAGAAAAAAUCUUAUAAGCUAGUCAGUACAGAAAUUUAGAAUUUCGCAAAAAAAAAAAAACAACAUAUUAUGUGCUACGCCUGAAAUAGAUCUAGAUCAAUUAAACAGAAUUAAUAUAUUAAAUAAUCUGGGAAGGUAAUACAAUUGGUCAUAGUGAUUAAUCAGAAAAAAUAUGUUUUCCGGCAACGAUCUACUAAUUAAUAAUCUAUGUGAUUUAUUCAAAUAAUUAAUAAUUUGUUUCGUUUUUGUUUUUAUAUUUUUUUUUCUCUUUAAACUUAUUAUUGUGUACUUAUAAUUUAAAAAUUGUUAACAUUACUUUGUUACUACUUGUAUUAUUAUUGUUAUCACUAUUAAUAUAUUGUAAAUAGGACAAUGUCUGCAAGAAUUUGAAAUAAAUAAAUCAAAAUAAUAUAAUGUGUAAAUCUGACCCUGUUACUUGUAUAUUAUUUUCAUAUUAUCGCUUCUUAUUAAUUUAAAAAAUAUAAUUUUAUACUAAAUACCCUAUAAAUUACAUUGCAUUUAGAAAAUAAAUGAAAAUAAAUAUAGUUUUAAUUAGUAGGUUUAUAAUAUUUUAAAUAAUUUACAAAUAUUAACUUUUUUCAUUAUGAAUAGAUAAAAUAUAUCAUACUCUGUACUGUAUUUUCUUGAUUUCAUUUUGUUUUAAAUAUAAAAACUUGUAUGUUUCAGUUAAAAGAUUUUGAUCAUGAAUUAAAAUCGUUUAAUGAUCAAUUAUUUGAAUUUCCCAUACAAUUUCAACCAAGUUAUCCAUUUGAAGAAAAUGAACAUGAAGGAAUGAACUAUAUGAAAACCAGGUGCCCAGCUUGGUGUGAUAGAGUUGUUUUAAGUGCUGGUGCUAGACUUUUAUUAAACAAAAAAGUAAUUAUUAUUAUAAAUUUAUAAAUUAUUAUUCGUGAUUUGAACUUAUUUAAAUGCAAUGUAAACUUUAAAAUGUGUUCCGUGCUAAUUAAUUGUGUGUUUUUUUUUUUACAAUAAUUGGAUAUAGAGUAUAAUGAAUAAUGAAUAAUGAUUAAAAAUGUAUUCAAAUUUUUCUUAAGGCAAUAUAGCUAGAUAAUUGGACUAUAUAUUCACUCUAUUGGCCUUAUUUCACUUGACUUAUCUUGUACUAAUCUCAGCAUAGACCUUACUUUGCACCAUAUAUGACCAACCCAAGCAAAUCAGUUUUUUUAACUUCAUCUAAAUACUUGUCUCCCCUGUAUAGUUCUCAUUCUCACAUUAAAGUUUACAUUUUACAUAUUUAAUUAUUUACUUAUAAGAUAUUGCCCAACAUUUUUUGGGUGGUGAACAUGCUCAUGGAUUCUAAAGUAUAAAUUUAUUGGAUAUGUUGAUAUAAUUGAACACAGAAGUAACUUAUGCAUACUUAUUGUUGAACUAAUUUAUAGAUUUAUAUAGUAUUUUAAAUGUUUGGGCCAAAUAUUGGUUUAGGUCAAGUAAUAAUGAUUGUAUAUCAAUUUUUUAAAGUUUUUCAAUUUCAUUUUUAAUGAUUUAAAAUCUACUUUAAUCAUAUUCAAUAUGAAUGAAUACUAUUAAUUUCAGGGAUUUGAAGACAAAAACUAUUUUGGAGUGGAAUAUGAUUUGAUUGGAAAAAAUACAUGCAUGGGAGACCAUAAGGUAUUAUAAAAAAGAUUAUUGUUUUUAAAUAGAUUUAAAAUAUGAGUAGAAACUAUUAAUAAAACUAGUCAUUUCAAACUAAUGAUUAAUAAAAUAAUAUUGGUUGAAAAUAUUAUAACUGUAUAAUCUGUUUAAUAGUAAGUAGUAACCUUUAUUAAAUAUAUUACAUACUAAUAAUAAUUUACUGAAAUUUUUAUUAGUAUAAUUUUAAAAGCCCGUAUAAAAUAUAAUACAAAAUCUUGUUGAAAUAAAAUUUAAAAAAAAAAGGUUGAUACUGCUGAUCGGUGUCACUAUUUUAGGAGAAAAGUUAAAAGGAAAGAUUUUAGAGUAAUUUAAUUGAUAUCUAUAUACAACAAUAAACCAUUGCUAAUGAACAACUAUUGUGAGCAGAUUAUUAUUAGUCAUAUUUUUACCUUGUUGCCAAGGUAAUCUAGAAAUCGACAGAAACAUUACCAGUUUUUUAAAUUUUUCAAGAGAAUUAAAAGUAAAAACAAAAAAUGACCUCCUCAGUGCACCAAUUAGAUCAAAAAUUACCACAAAGUACCUUUAAAUUGUUUGAUUGCCACAAGAUUCUGGUAUAAAAAUUAUUUACAGACACAUAAAAACACACCACAGUAAACCAAAAUAUUCUUCCCUUCACUCAGAAUCUAAAACAAAAAAAAUGUUUAAGUGAAUUAUAAUUGCAAAAUUAAUGUUUUAAAAGUCAAUACUGUAUUUAUGUUUUAAUAAAUUAAUACCAAUAAUUAUAAUUUCAAUAAUAACAAAUACUUACACUUUUUCAUGUAUACAUAUAUUGUAUAUUAUUAAUGAUGUUAUUAAAAAUGUAAUGGUCAUAAAAAUGACAAUAUGCUAUUGUGUUUUUCAGCCUGUGUACUUGAAAUGUGAUAUUAUGAACAAUGCAGGUAUAGUGGACAGAGUGGAUUGCGCUUGUAUGCUUAACUGUGUGGCUACUGAAACCCAAAUUCCACUGCAUGUUUUGUUGGGUGAUCACAUAUCUGUAGAUUCAUUAGUAAACACAGUUGUACCGGAUAAAACGUUAUUAGUAGAUAAAAUCCCUCCAACACCAAUAACUACAUCUAAACCCAUAGAUUAUCAUGAAUUUGCCAUUGUAAAACAAAAUUCAUUAGAAAGCCAUUACAUAGCACAUAGUUCACAGUCAUUUACUUCUGGCGAUUUAUGUAAAAUAAAAUCCGAUAAACACUGGACAAAUAAAAACAGUAUAAUAUUCCCUGUAUCUAAUUGCAUUUGCAAAACACACAAAUGGAAAUUCCCGAUGAUUAUGCAAAAAGCGUGGAAGCAUAAUAGACGAGUUAGACUCAAGUCGAAUGCUAGUUUCAAUAGCAUGCCUUUGCAAAGGUAUCAAAGUCACCAUAGUUCGUCGGAUGAAGAUUGGUUCGAGGAGAUUGCAGAUAAUGAAACAUGUGAUGAUAAGCAAAACAAAUACAAUAGUGAUGAGGGAAAAAUACUUACUGAUGAUUAUCCUGUUAAUUUUGACAGUGAAUCUGAUCAUGUAGCAACAAACCGAUUUAAAUGGUGUUCUUCUUUUGUAUUUAGAAAACUUUUUGACAAACGUCAAUUGACAGAAACAAAGAUAACUCAUAGAGACCCUAACAAUUCUUGUAAAAUAUUAUAAUCAAAAUUAUUGUGCCAUAAUAUUAAAAUUUAAUUAUUUUAAGUAUAACAUACUUCCUAAUUGGAUUUACCUAUAGAAUUAUAGUUAUAUAACUCAUACACAGUUGUACAUACAACUCAAGACGAAUAUUAUAUUUUUUUAUAUUUUAUGACUAUUGACUAGUGAAAAACAUUGUGUGUUUGUUUUGUUGAUUAAUCACGCCCAUGAGUUACAAAUGUAAUCACUUAUAAAAUUUAUUCAAUACUUACUUAUUUUAGUUGAAAAUUGAAACAAAUUAUUAUUUAGGGUAAUAAAUUAGAUUUAAAGUUUACUUAUAUAAUUAGGUACUUAAUAAUAAUAAUAAUUUCCUAUUUAUUAGUAAACCAGGAAAUUAGGAGGAAUGUAUAGUAUGCCAUUUUAUUGUCUUAAUAUAUGGUAAUAUUGUGUUUGGAUAGCAUAAAUAAUGGUGAAAUAAUUAAGUUAUUUAUAUAUUCUGUACCAUUGAGAUUAAAACAAAUUGACAAAUUAUAAUAUACAAUGUAGAACAACAUGAGUAAUUGUUUCUGUUAAAAAUUGGAUUUUAUUUCUUGCUAACUAUUGGUUUCACUUUAAAAAUGAAACUGUUUUACCAGAUUUUAGUUCCGCCACAAAAAUUUUUACCUACAAAUUUACAUACCUAUUGUUUGAAAAUUGCAUGUCAAAAACCAAACAGGUUAAUACAACAUUAUUGUCUAACACAUGAUACCAUUUAGUUCCGUGAAUAAAAAAAAUAUUUAUUGUGAAAAACCUCCAAAAACGUUUCCUCACACUGAUCUUGGGUACCUAAUUUUUCAGUAUGUUAAUUUAAUUUACAAUAGUGCAAUUAAGUUUUGUAUUUUUUUUCAAUUUCAUCAAAUCUAUAACAGAUGUAUGUGGUAUAUAAAAACAAUAAAUUGGUAUUCUUAUAUUCUGUAAUUUAAAUAUCUAAUAUAAUCUUGACUGGGUAAACAACCUAACAAUCGAAAAAUAAAUACCUAUAUAACUUGAAUAUUAUAUUGUGAUAAAAUCAUUCUAAUUCAAUAUGUUCCUAUUUAAAACAAUUAUUUAAAUAUUUAAUUUUUAAUUUUUGUGUGUGUGCUAAUGUACCUUUAUACUGCUUGUAGAAAUGUAGUCACUAACUUAAAGAAUUUAAUCACAUUUUUGUUUUUAUAAUUAUUCAGAAUCAAGGCAAUCAAUCAAUGUUUUUACAAUUGUUAAAUUUAAAUUGUUGUAUAUUGUUUUUUUGUUUUCUAACUAAUUUGUUUGAUACUUUUCUAUAAUAACACACACAAUAUGAUUGAUAAUUAUUCAGCGCUGCCUUGCACUUAAAUUAGACUUUAACUACUUAGCCUUACUAAAAGAACUAAAGAGGAGAAUAAAGUAUUUCACUUUUAUAAAAAUUAUUUUUUUUUUACAUAUCUACUUCCUUCACAUAUAUAAUAUGAAUAAUCAUGUUACUUUUAAUGAAAAUUUAUUUUAUAGGUUCUGUAUUAUGUUUUAGAGAUAUUUGUACAAUAAACCAGAAAUUUAAUACCUUUGUAUCAAUAAUAAUAAAUUUACAUUAUUGAUAAAGGUACUUAACUAAAUUUAUAUUUGAAUUUGUUUUUCAUAAUAUUAUAUUCUUUAAGAUAUUUUGAAUUUACUAAUGAUGCAUAUAAAUAUGAUAGAGGAUAUGUAUGAAAGUUCAAAUGUGAGUGUAAGAAGUGUCUGUGUCUGUGUGUGUGUAUGUGGAAUAACAGGAGAUUUUAUGGUUAAAGUAGGUAUGCAUCAGGGGUCGGCUUUAAGCUCUUACCUAUUUUUUGUUGUAAUGGAUGAAAUUACCUAGGAAGUACUAGGUAAGAUACCAUGGUGCAUAAUGUUUGCAGAUUAUAUAAAUUGAGAAAAAGGAUUUAAUAAUAGGCCUGAUAAAUGGAGAGUAGCUUUUGAAGGAAGACUAAAGAUAAGUAAAUGUAAAACCGAGUAUAUGGAGUAUGACUUUGGAGGAACAGGAUAGACACCUAAUGACAAUAAGUGGUAACAUUAUAAGCGAGGUUGAGAGUUUUAAGUACCUAGGAUAUAGGCAAGAUAUAUGUGGCUUCAAUAGUGAACAAAAUGAGGGAAAAUAGACUGAUAUAUGGUUUGGGCAUGCCAUGAGAACAGAGAAAUGAGAAACAAUAAGAAUUUGAAUGAAAAUAAACAGGCGAUAGAGGGGGAUAGGAAUACCAAAAGAGGUGGUUGAAUAUGAUUGAGAAUGAUAAUAUGAGGAAAUUAAGUGUAUGCAUCUGUUCAAGUGAAAGUUUAGGACUACAGUACCAACCCCAAAUAGUUGGAAUUUUUUAAAAUUUAAAAAAAAAUUCUGGUAACAUAAUAAAAUAAAUUAUAAUUAAUUCCAUUUCAUUUAGUUUGCAUUUUACAUUUUAUUAGAAUUUUAAAGUGUAAUAUAACAUAAAGUAAUAAUUUUAAUAAUAAUAAUGUAAAAAUGUUUAUUAUUUUAAUUAAAUAAUGUAUUUGGUUAUUCAAAUUUUUAAUUAUAAGUACGAGUAGGUUGAAACAAAUAAUUUAAUUUUUUACUAUCCAUUGAAUGUUGGAAAUAUUUCUUGAUAUUCCUUACUACAAACAUUUAAAAUUUAAAAAAAUGCCUAUAAUCAUUUUAAGUACCUACCUAUAGACUUAAGAAAAUGAAAGUUAAAUUCGGAUAUGUUUUUUUUUAAUAUUAUAUGAUUUAGGUAUCCUUUGAAUUAAAUAUUAUAUUGUAAAACUUCAAUUGAUUAAAAUUAACCUGAUCACCUUGUCUAUAAAUCAUAUCUAUACUUUUCAAAUCUUUAAAUUUGAUAUACAGGGUAAUUCAAAUUUAAUACUACUGUACAAUUUUCCAUGAAAUACUUAUUUUUUAAAAAAAUGACUUAAGUACUUUUUGAAAUCAUCAUACAUCUAUUCUAAAAUGUUACAUUGCAAUUAUUUUUAUCUUUCUUAUUUUUCGGGGUGAAAUGAUUACCCCACUUUUGAUUUUCAAAUUAAAACAUAUUUUUUAAAAUUCCACAAAUAGCUGUAGUAUUAAUUUAAAUUCAUUUUGGUGAUAAAAUUGUUGAUUUGCAUUAACUCAUUGACGAGAUAUUCCAUCAUAACUGGAAAAUUUAGUUGCCUUGGUAUUCUAGUAUCCAAGCGAUUGCAGUUUCUUUUGAGUAUCAUCGUGUCAGGAGGGCCUUAGUCUCUCUGGUUUUAUGAUUGAGUUUUUAUGGAUACCUUGUCACUCAGAUAUCCAGAGCAACAAAAUAAUAGACUCAUUGGCUAAAUCCACCUCUUCUCUACUCAGUCCUUCUUCCUCUCUUAUUCCUUAAACUGAUUUUUGUCUAAUGUUAAAAUUUCACUUUGACCAAAUGUAGUUUAAUCAAUGGUCAAGUCGGCCUUCUAGUUUUGCUACCUGUUAUAGGAACAUCUUUCCAGUAGGAGAGAUUUUAGGUUCCUGUGGUAUAGUAGUACUACUGAAACCUUGAUUUCACAAUUUAAAUCUUAGUGGAAAACAAUUUCCUCUUUCGCUUACCUUAGACUUAGCUAAUAGACUAUACCCUACUCCCACCCUAUUCCUACAAGCUUUCCUUCAACGAAUCUUCUCUCUUUGUACUCUCCGCACCUCCAGAUCGAUUUGAGAUUUUUGCUAUAUUAUUUUUCAUUGUCUUUCUCUUAUACUUGAACAAAUUUCUCUCUUUACUCUAAUAAAUUCCUACAAUAUCUCUUUUAAUUCUCAAUCGAUCCUUUUCUUACCAAAUAACUCUGAUAAUACUAUUAACCAUUAUCUCUUUCAAUCAGACUGAUUUGAUACAUUGUAUUUUGAAGUUUUACCUAAUUUUAAGUUUUGAUUCACUGUAAAUACUAACUUUUGUAACUAAUUGUUUUUUUACAAAGGUUCGAUAAAAAUUAAAAAAAGGUUGAAUAGUAGGAGGGUAGUAGAACAGCAUUUGAAUAAUAUUACAAUGUGCAACGUUUGAAUAGUCCACUAUUCUCCCCUUAUCCAGACUUAAAAAAUGGAAUAUCUCAUUUACGAGUUGAUGAUUUCAACACAAACAUAAUUUUAAAUUAAUCUUAUCUAUUUAUGGAAUUCUUAAUAUAGAUUGCAAUUUAAAAAUCAAAAAUAGGUAGUUGUUUUACUCUUAAAAAUAAGGACAAUGUAACAUUUUAGAAUAUAUGAUUCCAAAAAGUUGUUACAUAAGUAAUUUUUUGAAAAAAAUUAAUAUUUUAUGGCAAAUUUGAAUGGCCCUGUAUAGAGAAUACCUGCAAUGAAAAAUUAAAAGUUAUCCCUAAAGAACUAAAGAAAUUAGAAUAUCUAUUUAUCUAAACCUAACUGUUCCCUUAUUGAAUUGCCUAAAAGUUUUUCGGAAUACGAUAAUAUAUUGCAAGUUAUUUUUAUUAAAUAUUAUAGAACUAGGAUAGAAUUAUUAUAAGUCAGUACUUUAUUUUAUUUAUUGUUUUUUACUAUAAAUAUAUUGAAUUUAAAAAAGCAUUGGAAAACAAUAGAUUCUUCUUAAUUUGUAUUCAUAUUUUAACAAUUUCUUAUUAAAUAAUUAUGAUUUAUAUUCAUGUAUUUUAGAACUAAUUAGUUAUUGUAUAAUUUUUUUUUAUUUUAUGCACAUAUGUCAAUUAUAUACAGCAUUAUUUGUUUGUUUCGCACUUACAAUUAUAUUUUGUUGAUUUUUGAAAUUUUCCAAUUUUCCGGAAAAAGUUGAUUUAAAAUAAAGCACCUAUUAAAGAUUGUACCUAUGCACCAAGCAUGAUUGAACUUAGUUUUCCGUUAAACUUUUUGAUUUUUAUGAUUUUAAAAGGUUUUACAGAAGUAAAUGUAUGGGAAAGAACAUUGUUUGACUCUAAACUUCCCGAUGACAAGAACUUCGUUCACUUAAAGGAGACAACUGUUUAAAUCGGGAAUUAGGUAAACAUUAUUAUUUAGAUAUUUAAUGAUAGUCAUAUUAAUAUGUAUUAGACAUAUUAAAUAAUUUAAUCUGAGAUUUCUUUCUAUGUUUAAUACAUAUUGACGGGGUAAUUCUUUUUAAAUAGGAACUAGUUCUAGUUCUUAAAAUUGAAAUAAUAGUACAUUAUUUAUGUAUAAUAUUGUUAUUUAUUUUAAAACUCUGCUUAUGUAUUAUGGCUUUUAAUUUUAUAAUCAAAUACAGACAAAAAUACCCAAUAUCAUAAUUAUAAUAUACAUAUAUAUAUAUAUAUAUUAGGAUGGUCCUUAGCCACGGGUGUUGAAAAUAAGUGUCAAAUAUUUGAAUUCGUGGGUACGGAAUUUUUGUGAGGUAGGUACAUUAUAAAAAUAAUUGUACAUUUUGAAUAUGAUAAGUCAACUCCUUCACUUGCCUCAAAGGGUUAUUUUUGCGUUAAUCUUUUUUGAACUUUUAACAAACAAACAAUUUAUCUGAAACUUUAUUAUUGUAAAAACGAUUUCGUACAUAAUCUCUUUACAUUUUUGUGAAAAUUAUCGUGACAUGUAAAAAGUAGAUCUAAAAGUUAGUAGAUUUAUAACAGUUAAAAUUUCAAAAAUACCAAUUUUAAGCUGUUUUACCUUAUAAAAUACUAAGCUCGUUACACAAAAUUAUUUAAAAUCAAAAAUAAGGACCAUACUAAUAUACAAUUCGUUCCAAGGGAAAGUAACCGGCCAGCGUCAGGAAAGAACACAAAAAAUGAUGGAAAAACCCCUUUUAAAGGAGGGUUCUAACAUUUUUAUUUUUUAAGCUAGGCAAUUUAAGUAUCUAUUAAUUAAAAGUAAACUAACCUACCAAAAAAAAAAAAAAAUUUGUACUGAUUUCACUUGGGGGGGGGGGUACUUUAAAGGGGUAAUUUUUCGAUUUUUUUCAGGAGUUUUCAGUACAACAUUAAACAAAUAUUAUUAAAGAAAACAUAUGAAGUCUAUUUAAUUAUUUUACCAUAACAUGGCAUACAUAUUGUUGACAAAGCAUCACUAUCAACUGAACUCCGCUCAGAAUCGGUAAGCAAUAGUUUAACGUUGCUUACAGAUAAAACAUUAAAUUCCCAUAUCCUACCUUUUAGAUUCUGAGCGUAGCGAGGGAGUUAUUGAUUUUUCUAAGAUAUUAAUUUUUUUUUCUUUUAGACUGUGGACACGUUUUUUCCUAGUAAACUUGUUUCGAUUUUUACGUGUAGCAUUCCUUUUAACUAUUUUAUCCACAGAGUAUCUACCGAAAAUGACGUAAAAAACUCUCAAAAUUAUGUCAUCAAAAUCGAUAUCUUAUAAUUUUUCUACUGGAGCAAUAUUUCUGGUAGAAAAUAUAAGUUGUAAAAUUUAAAAACAUUGAAAUCGGUAACGUCCCGGCGCGCCAUAAAUAUUUGCCGUUUACCAUUUAUUUUCUUUAUUUUUUGAGGGGGUUUUCCCAAUUAUUUCAGAAAAUUAUUGGAAAAUCAAAAUGAACUUUCUAAUGCAUCAACUAGACGAAAUUUCAUUUAAAAAAAGGUAUUGUACUCUAUGCAUCACAGUAAAAUUCUUUCUGAAAAGUUGUUUACACUGGUUACAGACAGAAAAAAAAAAGCUAUCCUAGGAUAAUGGGGACAGUUUCAGCUACUUUUGUUGGUGGGAAGUUGGGAAGGUUGGAUAUAGGAGAGAAUUAAUUGUACGCAUCAAUUAACCAUUGCUAACAAUAUAUAUAUAUGUCAUAUUAUGGUAAAAUAAUACCAUAUGCAUUUUCUUUAAUAAUAUUGUUUUUUUCAUGUUGUACCUAUUUUCCCGUUUUUUCAAUUUAUUGGAAAAAUUCCUAAGAAAAUUGAAAAAUGACAUCAUUAAAGUACCUCCUCAAUCAGAUUUCAGAAAAAGUCGUAUAUUUGUAAAUCUGAGCAAAUUGCUGGUAGAAAAGUUGUUCACAGAUAAAAAAAUAAACAUCAUUGUAAAACCUAUACAUUCCUCACUCCACUCAGAAUCUAAAAGCAUAUAUCGUUAUAAAACCUAUAGAUCCCUCGCUACGCUACCCCGAAUCUAAAACUGUAGUAAAUAGUAAUACUUGGUUCAUUUUAAAAACUACAGAUUUUUGACAAAAAAAAAUGUUACACUUUUCAACAAAGUGAAUUUUCGUUGAAACAACUAUAUUUUCGAUAGGUACUUAGUAACUUAGUAAUUAGUUAUUAUUAAAUAUUAUGGAAUUAUUGAUUCAAAUAGAUUUAUAAUUAAUGGUACCUACGACCUAACAUUAAAUAAGUUGUUUUUUUUUGGUUUUUUUGUUAAUAAAUUUAAAAAAAUACUCUUCCUUUGAAAUGCACUAUUAGGUAGGUAUAUUGUUAACAUGGAUAAAAAUGUAAUAUUAAUACCUAUCUCAAUUAAGGUAUCAAAACACAAAUGGAAUUUUUUGGAAAUUUUAAAAUAGACAACCGGGGAUGUAGAACACAUUAUUAUUAUUUUACUAUAUUAUCAUUAAUUUUUUUUUUUGUUUAUUGAAGUCGAUAGUUUGUAUUAUGCAUUUCAUGGCGAGACUCGAAUAUAAUAUAUAGUAAUUAACUGAAACAUUAUUAAAAAGGCUGUCCUAAGAUAAUGGGGACAGGUGCAACUAUUAUAGAUAAUUUAAUGUAUAUCUGUAAACAACGAUUAACCACUACUAACAAAAAAACGAUUUUAAGCAGAGUGCAGUUGACAGUGUUACUUUGUCAACAAUAUAUAUGUCAUGUUAUGGUAAAAUAAUUAGGUACAUAUUAUGCAUUAUAUUAUAUUUUCUUUGAAAAUAUUUAUUUCAUAUUUUACCUAUUUCUCCGUUUUUCCCAUUUAUUGGGAAAAUUCCUAGGGAAAUUAAAAAAUUACCUCUCUAAUGUACCUCCCCAGCCAGAUUUUUUUUCAAAAAAAGUAGUUUCAUUAUAAAUCUGAGCAAAAUUGCUAGUAGAAAAGUUGUCCACAGAAAAAAAUUAAAUAAACAUCAAUGUAAAACCAUAAUCUUCGCACCACUCGGAAUCUAAAACGUUGACUUCAAAGUUUUGAAAAUGUAAUUAUGCAACGGUAGUAUAGAAUCUGUGUCCGAAAUAAGCUGCACAUAUUGUAUUAUGUACCCUGUACCCAUAUUAUAAUCAAUACUUUGAAAAAUCAAUAAGCGUGUUAACUGCGUAUUUAUUUGAUUAUCUGCAGGUACCUAGCUAUAUAAUGUCGUGAAUGAAAUACAAAAUUGUAAACAUGAAAAGCUUAGCUGUACGCAAAUCGACGUUAUAGAAUACGAUAUUAUAUUAAUUAUAGGUAAUGAUAUAGGUACGAGUAGGUACUUUUACGUAUAGGUAUAGGUACUUUAUGUCGUACGUCAUUAUCAAUUACCGGUAGAAAUUUAAUACACUAACGGAUUCAUUACCGAAAUAUUAUGUACUUAGGCGGGUAAAUUAUAAUAAUCAACUUUUGAAAUAUAUAACGCAGUUUUUUUUUUAAUGUAUAGAGUUCCUUUAUUUUACUUAUAUAGUUUUUAUCCGCGUGUAUAUGUAAUAUUCAUUUAAAUUUUAAAUGUGUGUACCUACGCCGUUAAGUCGGUUCGAAAUUAAAUAUUUUUGUUACCUAUAUAAUACCUUUAAUUAUUAGUGAACUAUUUACUAAAAUGUAUACAUACCUCCUACAAACUUCUCGAUGUUAUAAUAUUUUAGGCAAAUUCAAACACGUGAAUCAUUAUUAAAAAUAAUAAUAUAUUAUAUUCAAUGUUGUUCUUGAAACGAAUUUUAGCGUAAAGUGUUUCAAGUACUUACUAGUAAAACAAACAAUAAUGUUGUGUACAAUUGUUUAGUUAUUAAUAUUAUUUAGUUGUUUUAUUUAUUACAUAUUAUUGUUACCUUUAUCUAAUAUUUAUAAAAAUAAGAUUUAUCUCGUUCGUUUAUUGUACAAAAAAAAAAAAAAACAACGGAUAAUUUAUUGUUUUAUAUUAAAACAACGUUAUUCCUCAUAUGCGUUUAAACUUAACUUACCAGAUUUACUAAAAGUUAUAAUAGUAGUACUGGAAAUGUAACAGUUAAUGCUCCAAAAACCAAAAAACCCUUAUUAAAAAUAAAAAGUAAUUCACCCAAAAAAUGAAAACAAAUUAUUCAAAAAAUACAAAAUCAAAUUUUUAUUGUUGACCAUCCAGCAAAAAUAGAGCAGGGAUUUCAAUACACUUUAUUCUCCAAAACUUGGCUACACUACAAUGAUUGUUUUGUUACGUAUUCAUAACGUGUACUUUUGAACGAAUAUAAAACUUUUUUACUUUUUAAAGCAUUUUUGGAGAGUUUUGAAAGUUUUUAAAUGUAAAAUUCGAAUUUGAAAUUUUACUGAAAAUAUUUAUACGCUAACAAGAUUUUUAAUAAUGUAUAUAAAAAACUAUUAUUAUAUUAGGUAUCUGACAAUAGGUGUAGCAAUAUCAAAACUCAGAUUGUGUUUUUGUUGCAUUGGUAUGAGUACCUACAAAAUUCGUUUCGUGUAUUUUUGAAAAAUAAUAACGUCGACUAGAUAGGUACUCUAUAAAAACUCAAAACUGUUAUUUAGAAAACUAUAACUUCCCUAAUGCACUGAUUAGAUUAAAAAUGUUAAAAGAAAGUUUCUAAAACUGUGAUUAAAACAUGAAAAAAAAAUCUAAAUAAAUAAUUUAGAAGUUACUUCUUUUUUUUUAGUUUUUGUUACAACUUUUCUUCUAGAAAUCAUUUUUUAUUCUCGUUCAAAAGUACACGAAACGAAUUUGUAACAAAACAAUCAUCGUAGUGUAACCAAGUUUUGGAGAACUAAGUGCAUUGAAAUCCCAGCUCUAUUUAUACGUUUAUAACAUAAUAUAAUAUUAUGAUGACAUUUGUACAAGUCCACCGUAACAGGCGUUUCGCAAAAAUUGUAAUCCGGGUUCAAUUAAAAUGUAUAAAUGAAUUUAAAUGCAUUUAUAUAAGUACCUAAUUAUUAUUAAAUUUCAAUUAUAAAAAAAAAAAAAAAAAACCCAUUAAUAAUAUUUUAAUAUACCUAAUAUUGUUUUUGAUAUUUCUAAUGUAGAUCGAUGUUGUUCCACUUGUGCAUUUCUACCAGCAGACCCCUCAUUCACUCGGCCUAUUGAAAUUGUGUUGUUUUUUUUUUAACAUUUCAAUAGAGAGAAUAUCAGUAAUCGGCAUAAUCGAUUUCGCGUGUACCGACACAACAAAUAACCUAUAUAACACAAUUAAAUUAAUAAUACCCUUCAUCGUCGAAAUCACGGCAAUCGUGAACAUUUUUUUUUUUGUUUCAUAAUACCGUGCACGUUUUUGUUGCAUCUUGCAUGUAUUCGAUGAAUAAUAAUAGUAAUAAUUAUAUUUUAUGUUUAUAUUAGGUAUGCGACGUUUAUCGUUCACACCUACCUACAGAGACUUUAAUAUCGUAAGAUUUAUCCGUUAAUUGAAACAAAAAAAAUGCAUCAUCUGUGUAACGAUAUAAUGUUUUAUUCCCCACUUUAACCUAGGUAUUAUUUUUCGUGUUUUGUCUAUUAAGUUAGCUACUUUUUUUUUUAUAAUACAUCAUACCGUUAUUGUCAUCGUAUAACAUCUCAUUAGCGUUAAAAUACUAUAUAGGUUCCGUUACGAGAUUAUUGCAUAAUUUUACAUAAUUCAAUCAAUGCAGGUCGUAGUUCCACAUGUCGUUUUAUUACAUACAUUUCUGGAUAUUUUAUUUUUUUAUUUUACUGAACGUCCACCUGCUCCACAGCUUUUAACAAAUAAACAAAAGUAUUAAAAUACCAUUAGAUAAUUACCCAAUCGGUCAAACCAUUGAACACAAACAAAUUACAAUAUUUUAUAUUACAAAAUCGGUAUUUUAUUACAUAAUAAUAUUAUUCGUCCAAUUAGGAUUUUAAGCAAAGUAUUCUAAAAUAAUAUUAUUAUACACAAAAUUACGAUUAAGCACAAUACGUUAUUUAAUCAAAAAUUCAUAUAACAAUUGUUAAUUUAAAAAAAAAAAGAAUAAAUAUUGAUUUUGAUCGUUUAUAAAAAAUUACACAUACAUAAUAUAUAAUUUACCAUUUAAGUGGACACGCAUUAAGCAAAUUGUUUGUACCCCGGGAUAUCCAUUUGAACAUAGAAAACUUUCUUAAAAAAUAAUCUGCUUUAUACACAGCCUAUUGUUUUUGUAUGGCAAGUACCUGCCUAUAUAUAUUCACUAUAGAGUAUCUUUUUUAAUUAUUAUUAUUGAUUAUAACAUUUGGAGUAGGUACAUUUAUUUUAAAUAAAAUAUCUCACCAAUUUUAUGGCAAGGGUGGUUUUGAUAAGGGCACGCUCACACCGAAAAAAAUUAUUCAAAACCGAUUACAGUGACAAUCAAAUUGUAAUAAUUAAAACACACAAUAAAAUCACAUUACAAUAUAUUGGUGUGAAAUAGCAUUGGAAUUUCCUUCAUACCAAACUGACACCCACUCCUCUGUUAUAAUCAUAUUAUUUCAAUUUAUUAGCAAUAGCAUUUUGAUUAUACCUAUACUUACCUAUCUAUAAUUAUUUAUAGUUAUUGUUAUUUUUUUUUUUAUUAACUUUAAUUAUAUAGGUAGUAGAUGCCAAAUGGUAUUUGUAUUAAAUGAAUAAACAAAAAUGUUUUAUGAGAA